CAGCCCGAAAAAUAGCUUUUACCGAUUUUUUUUGCCAGCGAGCAUCAGUUACAUCAAUAAGACAUCCUCGUCAUGUUUCACUCUCCAUUCCUCCAAUUCUCCCUUCCUCAUUCAUUGCAUCCACUUCAACUUUAUAUGCGACUGUAAUAACGUAUAUAAACCAAACCAGAUCUCCAUUGCCCAGAUAUUUUUCUUCCAUACACUCGUAUAUAAAUGUGUACACGCGUAUGUCUUUGCGGUUAUUGCAUUUCCCACGACGAUCUGUCUUUGUUGGUGGCCGGUACUUGGGCAGAUCUCUCACCAGGAAUUGGUAAGCAAGUUUACAACUUUAAGCUAUCUGGACUGUUCUCAAUUUCUGUUUAAAGGAGGCGUGUUCUAGAUUGCUCUAUUUUAGCUGCAAAGCUAGAGUCUCUGAAUUCGAUAUCAAACAGAAGGUUACUAUAAUAUAAGUUCUGUUUGGAGCUCACUCAGAGAUGAAGGGUGGACAUGUUGGGAGAUUUUGGGGGAGGCAAUUUUCUCUCACUGUAGCUGCUCUCUUGCUCACAACCAUAGUCCUCUGGUUUUGUGAGAAAAAUCCACUUAUCACCAGUUUAUUGUCGGCCGAAGACCAGUUUAUAAUGCAGUCCUCAGGUUUCGUGGUGGAUGAGACUACUGAUUCUUCUCAUUCACUUAAGUCAGAAGAGGAUAAUACUAAUGACUAUUCACAUAAUCAUAUAGCAGAAACUAGAAAAUCUGAAAACAGAGAAAACAAUUUUGGUGGUUCUGAAACAAAUGUGACAGUCUCAUCUUUACAUACAAAAGAUCAAAAGAAAGGAGUAUGUAAUUAUGCUAAGGGAAAAUGGGUUCCAGACAGCAAGAGACCAUUGUACUCUGGACUGGGAUGUAAACAAUGGUUAUCCGAUAUGUGGGCUUGUAGGCUGACCCAACGUACUGAUUUUUCUUAUGAGGGAUAUCGGUGGCAACCAGAAAUGUGUGAGAUGCCAGAUUUUGAACGAUCUAAGUUUUUAAAGAGGACAAAACAAUUGCUUUCAUUGGAGAUUCAUUGGGCAGACAGCAAUUCCAAUCCCUCAUGUGCAUGGUGACUGGUGGAGAGAGCAGACCAGAGGUUGAAGAUGUAGGAUGGAAGUAUGGCCUAGUGACAUCACGUGGAGCCGUCCGUCCCGAUGGAUGGGCAUACAGGUUACCCACAACUAACACAACAAUCUUGUAUUACUGGUCAGCCAGUCUAUGUGGGAUAGAGCCACUCAACAUGACCGACCCCAGAACUGAAUUUGCCAUGCAUUUGGACCAACCCCCAGCUUUCCUGACCACAUACAUUGACCAGUUUGAUGUCGUGAUACUUAACACAGGUCACCACUGGAAUAGAGGGAAGAUCAAUGCUAAUAGAUGGGUUAUGCAUGUGAAGGGAGCCCCAGUUCAUAACAGUAAACUUGCUGCUGUAGGAAAUGCCAGAAACUUUACCGUUCACAGUAUAGCCAGAUGGUUUGACGGUAAGAUAAAAUCACGACCUCAGCUUCAUGUUUUCUUUAGGACUAUAUCCCCGAGACAUUUUUCCAAUGGGGAAUGGAACACUGGAGGUAACUGUGACAAUACCAUCCCACUUACAAAAGGGAGUGAGGUGUGGCAAGAUGAUUCAAAUGACCCUGUUGUUGCGGCUGCUGUUAAGGGUACCAAGGUAAGAGUGUUGGAUAUAACAGCCAUUUCGGAACUCAGGGACGAGGCCCACAUCUCGCGUUAUAGCUUAAAAGCUUCGGUGGGCAUUAACGACUGCUUGCAUUGGUGCUUACCUGGCAUUCCUGAUACAUGGAACGAAAUCCUUUCGGCUCAGCUUUAGCUUGGGAUUAAAAUAGAUCCUCUGGUAAUAUAUUUGAUGAAAGAAUGCUGCUCAUGGAGGGCUGCAGGGACAUUUAGCUGCAGGAGAAGACGAUCAAUUGUAGGCGGGGUAAAUUUUGCCUCAUAUCUUAAUUUAUGCAAGGCUUAUCAAAUCCCCUUCAGGCUCUAGAAAUCCUGUCGAUUCCAAGGGCCCUGUGUUGUACGGAUUAAUACAUCACAUGGUAGAGAAAUAGUAAUGGCAGCUUAGCAUAAUUAUGAUGCUUAAUUAAUAUCUCAAUUUUUUUAGUUCCAGCCCAGUUCUCUUAUUGAUAUGAAAUUGACACUCUUCUUGGCAAGCAUGACCACGUAAAUGGCAGCUGAUGUUUCAUCUUGUUCUUGUUA